AUGCUGAAGGACAUUCCCCGGGAUGCGCUUUUGCGCCCCCUGACUCGGAAUGAAGUGGUCGGCAUGUUGUUGAGGUUAACGAUUUUUGGCGCUGCAACUUACUACAGUAUCAAAUGGGUGGUGGAGGCCAUGGACCCCACACACAAGCAAAAAUUACAGGCCAAAAAAAGGGCAGAGCUGCUACUGAAGCGGCUUGGAGUGGAGGGUGUUACUUUGAAUGAAUAUGAGAUGAACAUUGCCACCCAACUUGUAGAUCCACGAAGCAUGAAGGUGACGUGGAGAGAUAUAGCCGGUCUUGAUGAGGUGAUCAAUGAGCUGCAGGACUCAGUGAUAUUACCCUUCCAAAAACGCCACCUCUUUACAGGAUCCAAACUUUUUCAGCCACCCAGAGGUGUGUUGUUGUAUGGCCCGCCAGGAUGUGGAAAAACCUUAAUCGCCAAGGCAACUGCUAGAGCCUCAGGGUGCCAAUUCAUCAACUUGCAAGCUUCCAUGUUGACAGACAAGUGGUAUGGUGAAUCGCAGAAGCUCACCGCUGCUGUCUUCUCCUUGGCUGUAAAAAUCCAGCCUUGUAUUAUUUUCAUUGAUGAAAUAGAUUCUUUUCUGCGAAACCGGUCCAGUCUGGAUCACGAGGCCACAGCCAUGAUGAAGGCCCAGUUCAUGAGCCUCUGGGAUGGCCUGGAGACUGGCGCUAACAUCCAGGUGAUGGUGAUGGGUGCCACCAACAGACCACAAGAUCUCGACCCAGCCAUCCUGCGCAGGAUGCCCUCAACCUUUCACGUUGGUCUGCCGAAUCAGAUCCAGAGACAUGACAUCCUGAAGCUGAUCCUCACGGGGGAGAAUUUGAGCAAUGCCAUAAAUCUGCGGGAGAUCGCCGAUAAGACCAGCGGCUACUCGGGCAGUGACCUGCGGGAGCUGUGCAGGGACGCAGCCAUGUACCGCGUCAGGGACUAUGUCCGCAAGCAACAGAUGAGGCAGAUCGCCAAACAGAUGCAGGCGGAGGAUGAGGAGGAAGAGCCCGUGGGGACGCGGCUGCGGCCCGUGACUCAGCUGGACAUGCUCUUUGGCCUGGACAAAAUGAACGAGUCCAAGCAGGUCACCAUUACGCCUGGCUGUCUGAAAGAGUCGCCCUUGGACUGACCUCGAUGACCUUGAUGACAGUCGCUGACCAAUCGGCACAUCCGGCCCGCACCCGGUCCACAUCUUUCCUUGUUCUGGUCUGGAGUCACUUAGCACUCAACACACGGUCCUGUUCUGUUGCACAUACACAUAUUAACUCCAUUCCCUAUUCAUUGUCUUUGUCAUUGCCCCCCCCCCCCCCCCCCCCCAAAAGGUUUUGAAUGCACAAAAUGCAAGAUGAUAAAAAAGAGGGUUUUUUAUAGAGGGAAGGGGGGUCACAUUUAAACUGUGAAAGUGUAUAGACCAAACAGUAGUUUGUCAUUGAAUGUCUGCAUGUAUUUACAAUGUAUUCAAUUAAAUGCAGCUUUGGUGUUAAAGCUGCUGUAGUCUGAAAGUGAUUGUUUUGAAUUACCAACGUUUUGGCUUGAUAUUCAGAAAGCCGUCAGAGAGAUAGGAACUCGGAGGACACACUCGAAAAGGACUUUGCGGGACUCGGCAAUCGGCAACAGAAAAAUACAAACAUGGUCUUUUUGUGUAUGCAUCAGGACACUUCUACAGAGGCUCUUACAUAUGGGCCACUUGCAGCAACUUUAAAAGCCAACUCUGCGUUCACAUCAGAUCACUCAGGCAACUCAACACUGUUGUCCUAGUAUGUAUACUGUAUGUCUAUUUAUUAAAAGGUGAAGUACCAUG